ACGUUAUCAGAAAGGUGUAUAAAUAUGAGAUGGAAAGCUACCACGAUAUAUAUAUAUUACAAUACCUUGGAAUUGAURGUGUGCUGCCAGGAAGAACAGCAAUGAAAUACCGUAUCAACGUYCCCGGCACGUCACUUCGUUCACGAUCAGUUACUUUUAAGGUUGUUCUACUCGAUAAUAGUGAACUUGCUAUUAAAUUCGACAGGAAGAAAGUCUUGUGCUCUGAAUUGUUUGAAAAAGUCUGCGAUCAAGCCAAGAUAUCGCCUCUGUAUCGAAAGUACUUUGGUAUAAAGUACRUCAACAGUGAAGAUGCCAAACCAAGUUGGCUUCAUCUUGAAGAAACCAUUAAGUCAUCUUUAACAAUCACAGCAGUUUUUCAAUUUGCCAUCAAAGUGUUUCCCAAAUCAAUCAAUGAUGUGAUAGAAGACCCAAUCUUCCUCAAACAUGUCGUAUAUCAAAUCAAGUACUUGUUUCUUCAUGGCAAGCUUCGUACAUCAAUCCAAGAACAUGCAAUUCUUGACAGCUACUUUGCACAAGCUAUUUUAGGUGAUUUCAACACAAAGAAACACAAUCGUGGAUACCUUGAAUCAAAACUUGGUUCUMAUUUYUAUUCAGCGCMAUCAUCACUCAAYUCAGAUGGUGAAGUUAGCGCUGCAGCGUAUGAACGAAAGGUGACUUACAUGCAUAAGAAUCAYCAUGSAAUGACAARWGAUGAGGCUCUUAUAGAAUACCUUAAUCUUAGCAUCAGUGUAUUUGGCUACGGUGCKUUCAYAUACAAAGAKGCAGUUGAUUUGAACGAUAAGGAAUUCAUUCUUKCUAUUUCACAACGAGGGAUCCAGAUCUUCCUACCURAUCACUUUGGUGAACCAGACGAGAUUGUGCACGAGUACCCUUGGGAUGUUGUUACCUCCAUUAUGAGCGAUGGUUCAAGAUUUCUUUUCUCUGUUUGUUCCAAGUCAGGAGGGCAGCGAUCUAACUCUUUACAGACGCACAGUUUUCGGUUCCCGGGAUACUACGGACAUUUGCAGGCUCAAAGGAUUGAAAAGGACGCAAUUAAUCACAGGAACUUUGUCAUUGGGCCGCAAAUUACUGGCAAACGACAAACAAGAAGCAAGUCAUUGGAUGAUAUUUCGAAAGGUUUGGAACGACUUCUUCCUGGCAGGCAGAUCGAUAGAAGACUUGUCCAGUCAUUCAAACUACAAAAAAGAUUAUAUGGAUCAAUAGCAGAGUGACAGCUAUACACACUUGAUGGAGCCUGGGUACAAGUUUCAUGUACAUCAAAGUCUACAAGAAGCGUUUCCCUACGAGAAAUAUACAUUAUAUAUCGACUUAAAUUAUUUUAUAGUUUUAGAAGGCCAAAUUAUUCUAAUCUUUACCGACAUACAAAAACAUUUUAGGGCACAUUAAGGUAGUUUCRUGCUUCUGUUUGUCAGGUAGGAAGCAAUCUUUCUUUCCUUGAUGGGCAUGAACUGUUUUACCGUUAGUUUCCGUUUGAAGUACACUAGUUCAUUAUUGUAGAUUAUGUACUUGUUAGUAUAAACCUAUCAUUGUAAAUGAAUAAGCUUUUGAAUUGUGCGUUAUUGUGAGUUGAUUUGAGACGGGUUAUAAUCACAACUAUCAACAAAUCUUCGUACAGGAAGAAAUUCUGAUGGCAAAGUAGAAAUAUAUCAAUAUAUCACGAAAAACAUUGGAUUGUUCUAAUAAAAAAUUGCACCAUAUAGAUUUCUUUGUUUAAUUUGAUUUUGAAAUAAAAA